AUGAGAGAUCAUGGCUUGGAGGAGACGCUUUGCACCAUCAGGCUGAGAGAGAACAUAAACAAACCCGAGAAGGCCGACAUCUACGACCCUCGCGGAGGGCGGUUCACCACGCUCACCAGCUUCAGUCUUCCUAUUCUCAGCUUCAUUGGACUCAGUGCUGAGAGGGCUGUUCUUUACAGGAUUGUCGAUGACUCGGCGAAUACAGUCUUCGACGGGUGGCUCGAGGAGGGCCAGCUUCUGGUGGUGCCCCAGAACUUUGCGGUGGUGAAGAAGGCGAGCUCAGAAGGGUUCAAGUACGUCUCCUUCCGGACCAACGAUAACGCGAUGAUCAGCUCGCUGGCAGGGCGGCUGUCGGUGAUCCGGGGCCUGCCAGGGAAGGUGGUGAUGAACUCGUACGACAUCCCGAGGGAGGAGGCCCGGAGGUUGAAGUACGCGAGGGAGGAGUUCGCGGUGUUGAGCCCGCGGUCUAGGUCAUCACAAAGAGGAAUGGAGGAUUGA